AUGUUCCUCAGAAUCCAGUUACGUACAUUUAUGAGCAUGCCAGUGCUACGAAAGACCGGUCUAAAAUCUAAACUCAGCGCUAUCCAGGCCGGGAAGACAACGGUCCCAAUGACAAAGAAAGAGCUUCGAGAACGACAAGCAAAAUAUCAACUCAUGGUCAAAAGGCUGCAAAAGACACCGUAUACUAAACAGCAGGCUAUUCAUAUCCUUGAAAAGCAAUAUGGCUUCCGCGAUGCUGCCAAAACACUUGAAAUUGGGCCAUUAUCUGAAAAAGACACUGAACUUCUGCAGCGAACAACUGACAAAAGGCUUAUAUAUGCUAUACUGGGGGUCAGUGGCGAGCAGUUACGCGAUAGCAAGUUGGUGGCGGACGAUGUUUUGAAGUUUUGCAAACGUGGGAUGUUGAACAAAGCAUUACUUCUGAUACGGCUAGCGAAGAAAAACGGCGUUGUCGGCAUGAACAUCUUGAUGCGUCACUACUGUGAGGUUGAGCAGAGUGCUUCGAGUGCUAUCCUACUAUACCAAUAUCGGCUGAAAUGGGGCAUACCACCUAACGAGCAUACCCCCACUAUUUUAUUCAGCGGAAUAGCUCACAUAAAGAAACCACUCUCCAAGCAUCAUGCAGCGAAGAUCGUUACUAUUGUCCAGGCAUUAAUUGACGAAAGACAACUGAACGCCAUACACUUUAACGCGGCACUGGCAUGCCUUGCGCGCUGCCCUGAAACCGAAUAUCUGUUCCAAUGCUUUGAACUCAUGCCCUCUUACAUGGAACGGUCGAAGGUCGCAUACACUGAGCUUCUAGAAGGUAUCUCAAAAAUCAAAGAUGACAUUGAAGCGAUGCAAAAGCUUGAUUAUAUAAUGAAAAAGCUUCCUGUCAGGGCCGUGAAUGCAAAAGCUUUAUUCUAUUAUCUUAACGUAUGGAAUAUGCGGGGAAGUCCCGAUCUUUCGAAGUGCACUCUAGUACUCUGUGAUCGCUUCUUUGACUUGGGCGUACAGGUUGAACUGCCGGUUCCAAAAGGAGUACAACUUCCUUCUCUAGAUACAUGGGGGUUGUUGAAGAAGCUAACACUGAACGAGCACGUCCUCGGGAUAUUUUUGGAGAACUGUGCAAAACAUGGCUUAUUUACUCUUGCCAUGAAGGUAUACGAGCGUGUAAGAACUGAAACCCCCGAAAUAUUGAAUGAGAAGUCGUAUCAUCACAUAAUGCAAAUCUUCCGUGAGAAAUACCCUACAUCCUGUUUAGAUAAAAACCUCGAGGUUUUUGAACACUUACGUUUGGGUUUGGGUAAGGUUUCCGUCGCUUCGCUUCGGGAAAUACACCACUCAAUGACUAGAGUUCUUGCGAAGCGCUAUAUUCAUGAUGAUCUUACGAAACUUGAGGAUACUAUGGAGAAGAUACAUACAUUCUUCCAGAAAUAUGAUUCGACUUCGCUACAUGGUAAGAGGAUACUGAACCUAACACAGAGCACGGUAUACUGGUCUAUACUUAAAGGAACUGCCUCUUCCGACAAGCUGACUUUAACGAGGAAAAGGAUUAUAUCUGAACAGUUUAUCCAUUCCUACAAUGGUGAUAUUUUCCGCCUAAAGCAUGCGAAUGACGCUGAUCGCUCUCGUCUGAGGGCGGUGUACCUAAAUGCCAUUCGUUUCUACUCAGGUUACCAAGAUAACUUUACUCUACCGGUCGCAGAUGUGACUGAGCUUCCACACGACUCUCUUGAGUAUCAGAAAUAUCAGUUCAGAAAACUACUAUCAAGGUUCAAAAAGCGUAUACUGGAGGAGCUGCAGCUACUUGAGAGAAAGCAGCCUAUCCCUGCCAAUUUGAUAGAAGGCACGAAGCAAUUGGGUGACAGGAUACUUACGACGCCUGUACCGGGUAUACUCCAAAAGGAAUAA